UUGAAUGUAGUACCUUAAUUAGAUAGGUUUCAUAGUUUUUAUACUAUGAGGCUGUGGUUUUGUAGUACGAAACUUUAUUGAACCUUAUCUUUCCGUAUAAAUUAUAAUUCUCUUUGACCUUGUCAAUCUGAAGCUGUCAUAAGUUUACAUAUCUUUAUUUACACCUUUAAUUUUGUAAUAAUUUUGUAUUGGUUUAUUUUAUAUUAUUAUCUAUUAAUUUUCUAGCAAUUUUAUUUUUAUAUAAUCAUGAAUAAGUCGGUUACAAACGUAAUCAAUCCGGACUACAAUAAAGCUAGGUCAAUACAUGAAUUCACAGUUAAAAACGCUAAGGGCGAAAACGUUAAAUUAGAAGCGUACAAAGGACAUGUGUGUAUAAUUGUAAAUGUAUCGUCGAAAUGCGGUUUUACUGCACAUCAUUAUGCGCAAUUUAAUGAGCUUGUUGCAAAAUACGGCGAAAACAAGGGUUUGAGAAUUUUAGCGUUCCCCUGUUGGCAAUUUUCUGGUGAAGAAAAAGAAACAUUGGACUACGCAUUAUAUUUUGAUAUGUACGAUAAAGUUGAUGUCAAUGGAGAAGGGGCUAGUCCUCUGUGGAAGUUUUUGAAGCUAAAACAAGGGACCCCAAAAGGAAAUUUCAUAAAAUGGAAUUUUACAAAAUUUAUCAUAAAUAAAGACGGAGUGCCUGUAGAGAGGCACGAGUGUAAAGUGGAACCAUUAAAUUUGGUCAGAAAUCUUGAGCGCUACUGGUGACUUAUGACCAUUUGUAAUCUUACUAAUAUUAUAAAUCAUUAUUUCGCUCCCUGUAUUCAAAUCAGUGGAAUAAAGUCGGUCAAUAUAAAUUACCCUUCUAUUAAAUAUUUUCCAGUAGCUAACCAACUACUCAUAUAGGUAUAACCCGUUACAUUAAAGAAACUAAUCUAAAAUGGCGGCGCUUAUCAUCUUCUCUCGCUUGUACAGUGUACACUAGUGUUGUCCAAACUCAUUCACGCGCGUACCGCAGACAGAAAAAUAAUGAAUAGUAAUAUUCAUUAAUAAUCAUGGUUAUAAUUGAAUGCUUAUUAAAUAUUAUUAAUUUGAAAAAAAUCUUAGACCUGAAACUUUACAUACUAUUUACUAACUGUAUGCUAUAUAGCUGUCAACGUAAGUACAAGCCGCCAUUUUAGAAUCGUUUCUUUAAUGCAUCGGCUUAUACCAAUACAAAGUCUACCAACCCGCAAGUUUAGGUCAGCGGACUAAGUUUAGACCCUCUCAAUAGAGAAGAUCUGUAACCAGCGGCUCGGUGACCCCAAUAUAACUCUCCGCGAUGGCUGAGCGGUAUUCAUCAAGCACUUCUCUGCGAAACCUAAAAAAAACUCCAGCGGAAUCAGCAAAAUUUUGAAAGGGGCCUAUCAAAAAAAAAGUUUGUGGAAUCUCUGACGGCCGUUUGUUCUUCGCUGGUUUGUUCAAAUGUACUGAUGACCCUUCUAAGCUAUUUACUACCUCAAUUAAAAAUGUAGAAAAAAUUUAAAUUUAGGAGACUUAGAUUCAUUUCUUUACAUUAAAAUGUUGGGGUGAUUUAAUUUUUCGAGUUAUACUCAAAAGUAAGACAUGUUUUUGAUAAUUAUUUAUCUCAUUAAAAGUAUUUUAAAAGUGUACGGAAGUUGCUUAACCUAUGUCGCACAAUUUUGAUUACAAGAAAAUACAUAAUUGUUAAAUAAAUUAA